CAUUAUAGUGGGAAUAAAGCUGAACUCGUUUAUUUACAACCGGAAUCUACUGUUAUUAAUGAUCAUGAGUUCUUUUUUAAUGAACCCGGCUUCGUACAGCGAGCCGAAGUUUCCACCAAGUGAGGAUUAUUCGCAAUCAAACUACAUUGGAGCUCAAUCGGACUAUUAUCGGAACGUGCAUAAUUUCGGAUAUGGACCAAGGUAUGAUUUAGAGGAAAAAUACUCGCCAAAUAACGUGUAUAAUCCGUUGCCGUUAGCGUGUGAUAAUGACGUUUUGAGUAAGAGACUGUCGCAUCAGCAAAAUCCUCAUCCGCAACAUCAUCAUCAGCCACCGCAGCAGCAACAGCAGCAGCAGCAACAACUAUCUCCACCACAGGCGCAUAUACAGUCACCAAAUUCCACACAGACCUUGCAAAAUGCCACGAACGCUAUAAACGCAAACAGCACAAAUACAAUAAACCAAACAAACACUAGUUCGAGUCCUAAUAGCAGACUGAAUGGUUUUUCAUCACCUACGAGUACGGAGCCGGACUCACCGGAUGCGAAUUCAGGUAGCCCGGAGUCCGUGCCGUCUCCCGGAAGUCAGGAUUCCCCAGACACCAAGGAACCCGGCGGUCAUCCAGUCAUCUACCCCUGGAUGAGGAAAUCUCAAAACGGAAACAAUACAAGUGGAAAUUCAGGCUCGAACUCCAAUUCCAUCCUGUCAGACACAAAGCGCAAUCGGACGGCGUACACACGACACCAGAUUCUUGAGCUGGAAAAGGAGUUCCACUUCAACAGGUACUUGACGAGGCGGCGUCGGAUCGAGAUCGCGCAUACCCUGGUCUUGUCGGAACGACAAAUUAAAAUCUGGUUCCAGAAUCGGCGCAUGAAAUGGAAGAAAGAACACAAGCUUCCAAACACCAAGACCAGGCUUAUGGACACAUCAAACGUUGGACAUUUCGACCCAAACAGUUUCCUAGCCAUGCACCAAAUUGGACAUCAUAUGGGCAUGAUGCACCAUGACUUAGGGAUGUGAUGUCUUUGGGACGACAUGUCUUGUUAUAAUUCGUGGGUGCAUUAGGUUGUGCUUUGGCAGUACAUGUUUUGUGUAACGGAUAUGACGACAUGGUCGCGAAAUUUGAGACCACGUGAUUUGAGAUAUGACGUAGAUUACUUUGCCAAAGACACGUACACAUACAAUACCACUGUUUAGGCAAAUGACGUCAUCAAUUAUGUCAUAUAGUGCGCGAGUUCCCGAUAUGUUCAAUUUUGUGACGUCACGAACGAAAUACGUCGAUGGAAAACGGCGACUCCGUUUGGCCAAACUUUCAAAGUGCGGAAGGUAAUUUACACAGUGUUUUGGACAGAAAAAUGACACUAGCAUUCGGUAUUAUUGAUUCGUGAGUAUCUUGCAAUAACGGUGUUAUGAUUCAAUGAUUGGCUACUGAUCGAUAAGUUGUAUUAAAUACCUAAAUAUAAAUUAUAGGCACAAAUGUUCAUAGUCGUAUUAAACAUGUUUAACUAUGAUGACCUAUUCAUAUCAGAGUGGGGGCAUUCUAGUUUGCACCGUGUGUCAUUUCUACAAAACUGUAACGUUGGUUGUGGUGUUGUAAUAGCAACAUUUCAUGAAUGCGCGUUAAAACAUCAUUCAGUUCAAUUCAUUUUUUCAAUCACAUAAAAAUUGUUGAUUAUAUGAAAUAGUUUAUUGUCACAGUUUUGAAUAGAUAAAUACUUAAAAACUGUUAAUGAAUAGGAUUCAAAAAUACAAUCCAAAACAAAUCUUAUUUUAAAUUCACAGUUAUCGGACAAUUAAUUAAUUUUCGGAUACAUCGUGACGUCAUAUUUAUCGUGACGUCAUAAGUAUGAAACUUCAUUAUAGCGUUGACUGUCUGUGUGCUUGUCUGUUUGCUUGUAUAUUGCCGCAUUGAAUAUUUAUAUUAUAAAUCUGAAAGCAUAAACCAAAGGAGAUUUUGUGCAAUAUUGUCUUUAAUUUGUGUGUUUAUUUUGAACAUAAUCAGCAUUCACUUGCACCAUUUUGCCAUAAAAUUCUGAUCAUAUCUCUUGAGGUUUUAAAGCUAAAAAAAUCAUUUAAUUCGCUUGUGUUACAAGUAUUUAACAAUAAUUCCAAAAGGAGUUAACUGACUUUACAGUUUUUGGUUUAAUUUACUUUUGUUAUUGCAUUAAGAAAAACUUAUGCUGGCGCCUCCCUUUUCACAUCUUCUGGCCAUGUGACCUCCCUUGGGGUUUCUGGAAGCCAAAUUCUAGCUCCAUGUGAAAGAUAACAUGCGCGCUUAUCAGACUUGAACGUAUUUUUUACAUUUUGAGUAUUAAGUAUUUUAUUAAAAUUUUCACGCAAUUUCUCCUAAGCUUAAAAGAAAAGGAAUGGACAUACAGAAAAUAUCACGUUUUAUUAUUAAUAAAAUAAUAUUAUAUCAAUGAAACGAAUUAGGAAUAAUAUUGCACAUUUAAAUUAUUACUAUUUGACAUACUUACUUUUAUUUUCCGUUGACAUGUUGAUGUUUUAAAGGGUUUUAAUGGUGUUUUAUUUUGCCCAUAUGACCUGAAUAAAAUGUUG